CCUGGCAGAGGCGCGAGGCCCUCCUCCCGCCUCUCCGCCUACUCCAGCCUCCGCCGCCUCAGCUUCCCGAGCGAGCCCUGCGGCCGCCGGAGCAGCUCCCGCGGCGGAGCAGGAGCCGGAUGGUCAGAGGAGCCCGGCAGCCCCAGCAGCCGCGGAGUCGCCUGGCCCCCAGACUGACUGGCACAGUGGAGAAACCACCCCGAAAACGGAAAAGCAGGACUGAAUUUGCUCUUAAAGAAAUCAUGUCUUCUGGAGGUGCUGAAGAUGACAUCCCACAGGGAGAGAGGAAAACAGUUACAGAUUUUUGUUAUCUUCUGGAUAAAUCUAAGCAACUGUUCAAUGGGUUAAGAGAUUUGCCACAAUAUGGGCAGAAGCAGUGGCAGUCCUAUUUUGGAAGAACUUUUGAUGUUUACACCAAACUCUGGAAGUUCCAGCAGCAGCAUCGACAAGUCUUGGAUAAUCGGUAUGGCUUGAAGCGGUGGCAAAUAGGGGAAAUUGCUUCUAAGAUUGGGCAGCUAUACUACCAUUAUUACUUACGCACAUCUGAGACCAGCUACCUGAAUGAGGCUUUCUCCUUCUAUUCUGCAAUCAGGCAGCGAUCAUAUUAUUCUCAAGUCAAUAAAGAGGACAGACCUGAGUUAGUAGUUAAGAAGCUACGAUACUAUGCAAGAUUUAUAGUAGUUUGUCUUCUUCUCAACAAAAUGGAUGUUGUGAAGGACCUGGUGAAGGAAUUGUCAGAUGAAAUUGAAGAUUAUACUCACCGCUUUAAUACUGAAGAUCAAGUGGAAUGGAACCUGGUACUUCAAGAGGUAGCAGCUUUCAUUGAGGCGGACCCUGUUAUGGUACUAAAUGAUGAUAAUACCAUUGUUAUCACAUCUAAUCGCCUUGCUGAAACAGGAGCCCCGCUGCUGGAACAGGGCAUGAUUGUGGGACAGUUGUCUCUGGCUGAUGCACUCAUUAUUGGUAAUUGUAAUAACCAGGUUAAGUUCAGUGAACUAACUGUUGACAUGUUCCGGAUGUUACAAGCCCUGGAAAGGGAGCCGAUGAAUUUAGCGUCCCAGAUGAAUAAGCCAGGAAUGCAGGAAUCAGCUGAUAAGCCUACCAGACGAGAAAACCCCCACAAGUAUCUACUCUACAAACCAACGUUCAGCCAACUGUACACAUUCUUAGCAGCAUCUUUUAAGGAGCUGCCUGCCAAUAGUGUGCUUCUGAUUUACCUGUCAGCCACUGGCGUUUUCCCCACAGGUCGUUCUGACAGUGAAGGUCCUUAUGAUUUUGGAGGGGUACUUACUAAUAGUAACCGGGAUAUUAUAAAUGGAGAUGCCAUCCACAAACGAAAUCAAUCCCACAAGGAAAUGCACUGCCUUCACCCUGGAGAUCUCUAUCCCUUCACAAGGAAGCCCCUGUUCAUUAUUGUGGAUUCAUCCAACAGUGUUGCAUAUAAGAAUUUCACAAACUUAUUUGGACAGCCACUAGUCUGCUUGCUUUCUCCUACAGCAUAUCCAAAAGCUUUACAAGAUCAAUCUCAACGAGGUAGCCUCUUCACUCUCUUUUUGAACAAUCCUCUAAUGGCCUUCCUAUUUGUCUCUGGAUUGUCAAGCAUGCGUAGAGGCCUAUGGGAAAAGUGUCAAGAAUAUCUUCGAAAAAUCAACCGCGAUAUUGCCCAGCUAUUGACCCAUUCACGUUCAAUAGAUCAGGCAUUUCUCCAGUUUUUUGGAGAUGAAUUUCUUCGCUUGCUUCUCACGAGAUUUAUCUUUUGUUCAGCCACCAUGAGGAUGCACAAGAUUUUUCGGGAAACACGAAAUUAUCCAGAAUCAUAUCCACAGCUGCCAAGGGAUGAAACAGUGGAGAACCCUCAUCUCCAGAAGCACAUUUUGGAAUUAGCAUCCAUUCUGGAUGUGCGAAACGUGUUCCUUGAGAAUACCAUAGAUGACUAUUAAAACAAAAAUCCUCUUGUUGAAACAAGUUUUCAUUUGCCACAGAUUUUAAAUGGUGCAGUUUUCUAAUGUGAUGAGAGACACAUAGUGGUGUUACUUAGUUUUUAUUUUUCAAUUUAGGACCACCAUUUUAAAAACAAAUGGAAAAAAAUGUUCAAACUUUUAGGGUAACUGUUUUAAAAUACAAUAUUUCAGGUCUUUUAAAAACUCGAUUAAUCUUGGAAUUUUUAUUUUUGGGUUUUGAGGUAUGAAUACUUACCUCCAACAUCUAAUCCUACGUUCAAAUAGUCACUAUUCUGACCCUGAGAAGAGUAAAUCAUUUAUUUUUGUAUAAUGAGGAAAAUCCAGCUCUUAUACUUGGACAUUAAAAGUGUGGAUUUGAAAAAUAUGUAAUUGUUCACAAAGAUGAAACUAGCCAGCAUGGACUACUAAAAAUCAAGAACAGAGCCCUUCCAUAAUAUUUCUUUUCAUUCCAUUUAGUAGGUAGAAAAAUGUGUUUCUUUGAAGCAUAAUCAAGAUAGUUCUUGAAAUCAUUUAAUUCAUUUAAAUACUGUCAAAAUUUCAGAAACUGUAGGAUUGAUUUGCAUCUGAGAAGCUGAAUCUUUAAUUGGGGUCUUCAUAUGUAUUAUUUGGAAUGUGUGAGUCUUGUAUUGUCAUGAGAUAUGUUUGCAUAUUUUGAUUUCUUUGUAGUCUUUGAAUGCUGGAAAUGAAAAAGAACAACUUUUAAAUAUUUCAUUCAAAAAAUCAGAUUGUUGGUUUCAUAAUACAGUGUUUCCAUAGGAAUCCUAUUUAAGCCCUUAUUAUUUAAGGAGAUCAAGUUCAGACACUGUCUAGAUGGAAGUCUGUGGCAUACAGUACAGAGUUGAUACAUAAUCUUUUGUCUAGUUCAGAUUUAUGAGACUUCAAAGUCAGAAAUGUUAUUAAUUUUAGUUGAGGGUAACUGAAUUGUUAUUUAACCUAAAAUGGAAGUUGCUUUUGCAUUGACAAUUUGGAAAUAGGAUUUUUUAAAAUUCCUUAUCUUUAAUAUUUUAUAUUCAUGCACAAGUUUUUUUAAUUAUUUCAAAUAGGGCCCAGUGUAUAAUAUAAAGAUUUUUGUAUUUUUAUUCCCUACCAUCCCCUUCAUAAUUUCACAGGCACUAGCUGUGACUUUUUUCCCCUUUUUUUUGACUCCACAGGAUUCAAGCUUAUAAAUCCAUGAAUCAAAAUGUCCUUCUGCCUGAUUUUCUGUACAGGCUCACAUUCUGCCUCUGGUAGCCCCAGGGGAAAUGAGAUGAUGGCUUUUGGUACCUCUUUCGUGUGUCCCUAGGGAAAUUUUACUGUAACAUUUUUAACUUGGUUUUUGUUUCUGACACUGAGAAUUAUUUGGGUCUAAGUUAUUCAUAAACUUGUUCCAAUUUGCUGAUUUUUCAUCUGAACUCUUGAAGUUACUCAUCUUGGGCUUGGGGGAUGUUGUAGGGUUUUGUUAAUUUUUAAAAAUUAUUUUUUGUUUGUUCUUUUAAACACUAUUUCAGAAAGCUUUGGAAAAGUUACCCCAGAGAGAGAGUUCCUUUGCUAGCGGGUUGUCUUUAUCAGAUAAAGACUGCUUUCUUUCUUUCUUUUUUCCCUCAGUACAUUAGUAAACUUCAUAGCUUUCCUUUCAUAGCAGUAUUCACCCGGACUAGAGCAGUAGACUGUCCUUAGUCUUCUGACCUCCUGUUUCAAUUCCCUUGAAGUUCUGUGCCAGUAAUGUUCCAAACAACACUUAUUCGUCUGUUCUCUGAUGCUUAAUACAAUAUUUAUCGUCCUGAGCUUUAUCCUCACCUGAUUAACAUAAAGAACACUGGUCUGAGGACUGGGAGACCUGAGUUCUAAUUCUGGCUUUCCUGAUAACUAGCUUUAUGCCCUUUGACAAGUGUCUUCAUGUCUCUGCUUUUUAGCACUCUCAUCUGCAAAAUGAAGGUGUUGGUCCAAGGUUCUAUCCAAUCCUAUGGUUCCAUAAUUUGAACUCUUCAUUCCAAAAGACACUGAUUUUCCCCACCCCUGCUACCUGGAAAGCUAGUUUCCCUUAUUUUUGUAUACACAACAUUUUCUUUUCUAGAUCAUGUUUACCUUGUUUUUGUUCAAGAAAAUAUCUGGGUCCCACUUAGUUGUUGUGGAAACGGUUCAGAGAGACAAUCUCCUGAAGAAAUCAGAGCUUUUGUUACUAGAAACAUGUUUAUCUAAGAACAAGGGGUCUUAGAAAUCACAGCUGGGGCUUACAGAAUGACAUUGCUCCUUAAGCUAAUAGUAGUGUAAUUCCUUACUGGUGGUUAAAGAUCUGAAGUGAUCUUGAGAAGAAAACUGACCUAGAAAAUUCUAAAUUAUUAUUUUAUUCAUGCCUUCAAAAUAUGUGUAUUGAACAACGACUAUACUCUAGAUUUUGUUUAGGCAUCGGGGAAGCAGACAAAGUAGACUUAAAAAUCCUUGUCUUCAGGAAGCUUACAUUCUAGUAGGAGGAGUCAGGCAAUAAACAUAAUAAAUGUGUAAAUUUAUGUCAGAAGGUUAAGUAGUAUGAAGAAAAUUUAGAACAUGGUAAGGGAAAUUUUUCAUUUGUUUUUAGGCAGAGAAUAAUGUUUAAAUGAGUGGUCAGGGUAGGCCUUAUUGAGAAGGUUACAUUGGUGCAAACACUUCAUAUUUCUUUGUCUUUUUUUUUUUAAUUUUCAUUAUGAAAGUUUUAAACAUACACAGAAUUUAAUAACCCUCUUGGGCCCAUUACCCAGCUUCUACAUUUUAAGACCUUACUUUAAUCAAGGAAGGGGAAAUGAAAACGGACAAUCACUCACUGGGAUCAAGAUGGCAAUGGCAAAGAAUCUCAUUUCUCAAUAAUACUGCUCCCCUUUAUGAAUAUAAAAAUGUUAAACCCUUCAUUUAUUUAUCUUUAGAAUUCACAAAGAUUUAAAUUUGGGGACUAAGAACAAAGCAAGCAAUAGGAAAGAGCACUUCUUUAUUUUCAAAUUGCACAAACUCCCCCUGGAGAUUCUGAUACAGUCUCUCACCUCGUUUAAGAAUCACUGUAAACAAAAUAGUAUAACAGUGCAAGAAGUCAGUUAUGUACUAAACAAAAUUAAGCACAAUGGGAUUAUUUUCUCUUUCUUUAUCCUUGUAGUUCUGAAGUUGGUAAUGCAACUGUCUUCCCAAUUUUACAGAAGAGAAAGCUAAGACCUCCCCCCCACCCCGAAAAAACUUCAGUUUAUUCAUAAAAGUACAGCUGGAACUAAAACUCAGAUCUCCUAAUCUCCGCCCAGUCUUUCCAGGAGCUCAGGUUGCUUUCUAUAAUGAACAAGAAAGAAAUAAUUAGAGAUUUAUAUUUUGGCACAAAGGUUAUGGUAUUUUUUUAACAUAUCAAAUAUUAAAACCAGUAAAUCAAUCAGCCGUAGCAAAUUUUUAUUUAUUAAUUACAAAAAAUCCACAAGUCAGACAUUUUAAUCUUUGAUUUUAGCCAGGAUAUAUUCUUUGUGUGUGUGUGUGUGUGUGUGUGUGUGUGUGUUUUCUUCCUAGGAAGUGGUGCUCUCAAAACCUCUCAAAGCACAUAGAAUUUAUUGUACCCUUUUUGUUUUUACCAAGUUGAAAUGUUUUGAGAUUAUAAAAGCAAAGUGCAAUCUAGAGUCAUGACUGAAAUUUUCCUGGUAAAGAUCUGGGUUUUAUCUUUUCCAUACUUACGGCUACUCUGUUUUCUUCUUGCAGUAGAAUUCCCUGAAACAGAUUAAGUGGUGAUUGAACUGAAUUUCAUUGAGAUAAAGGGAAAAGCAACAAAUCUGAUUUAUAUAUCAAUCAUAGAGCUUUCUUUAGCAUUCUUCUCCAAAUUUAAUCUCUGACCUGUGUUUUAAUUAAUUGUGUUUAAUUUAAUUUCUGUCUCUUUGAAGGGUUUUGGACUCAGUUGAAAAAUCUUCUACUUAGUUAUCCACAGAGAUUUGUAGUCAGCCACUGAGACUUGUAAUCAGCCUUAUGUGCAGAGGACAUUCUGGACAGGAAAUAUAGUUGGGUAUGAAGGUCUGCAAACUUGGCUACUGCCUGUGAUUCAGAACCACCUCCCCACCCUAAGUGAGUAAAAAGAUUUGAUACGAAUAUGAAUGGUAUGAAUCUCCUGGUGAUAUUUUGGGUGUAUAUGUUCCUGUAUGUUUGGAGAGUAUUAAGGGUAUUUACAUUGAGGGCUCUUUUGUUGUCCUUAUUUAUUUGAAAUUUUUUAUUUGCAAUGGCAUGUAUAUAUUUUUGUGAUGCUAAAUGCAAUCUCUGUGUAUACUUUUUGUAUAUAUGUACAUAUUUGUAAAUAUAUUGGUAUGCAAUGAUACAGUAUGUGUAUAUUAUAUACCCAUACCCAUUGUGGGCUGAAUUUAUUUAAGUUCUGUGAGGACAUCAUAGUGGCAUUGUUCAUGCUGCUGUAAUUAGGUUGUGGCUGUAUCUCAUUCAUGAGCCUCUGUUUUGAGGGGCUUGUGUUUGGGUAAAGUGGGCUAAUUUGGAAUUGAAAUUAGGAUACGAAGAUCUUAACAGAAAGCUGGAUAUUCUUAGCUUUAAAAUCAUCUGCCAAUUUCCAUUUUAAACUGAUGGUAAAUUAGUGAUAUAAACCUGAAAAACUGAAGUAUGUGAAACUGAGACACCAGCAGGUUUUUAAGCUAUAUUAGUCCUUUAUUUUCUUGACCAUAAUUGAGUAUUAUUACCGACUAGUAAAGUAUGUAUUUACAUUGAGAAUCAAGGGGCAGUGGAAAAAAUUACUUUGGUCACAUUUCAAAAUAGGAAAAUGUCCUUUAAAUAGGGAAAUGUGUUCCUAGUUGCGAUUUCAAUAUCAGAUACCAGAUUUUAAUUUUGGAAUAAUUUUUUUCGCCAGUGUGUCUCAUUUUAUAUCUGUCUCUGUGAGGCAGAAAAAGGGGCAUUAGCUAGGGAAAGGCUUUACCUAGGUAGGAUGGAAUUUAAUGAGGAACAGGAGGUUGAUAAUCUGUAUAUUUGCAGCAGCUAUGAUUAUUUAGUCCUGUUUUGGCAUUUCUAACUAUAGAUUUUUCUUAUUGGAGUUGCUUAUCAGAUGAGUAUGCUCAUCUGAGAAAAUGCUUCCAAUGAAUAAAAUGCCUCCGGUUGUAUUUCUUUGUCUCUAUGAGACCACUGUGUUCUGCAAAUUGAUAUAUUCACACAUGAAGUAGGAUUUUUAAUAUUGGGUGCAUGGUGUGCUGUAAAAUUGGGGCCUUCAAACUUCUACCAAGGAUGACAGGUAGGGGGGGAUAAGAGGACAGUAAAUAUGUGCAGUGCCAAUUUGUGAACCUACGGAAUAUCACAGAGAUCAAUGUUUGGUUAUUCCUGCCCUCACUGGGCAUGUUUAUUUGCAUGGAAGAGUGUAGAAGAUGUUUAAUAUACACUUGAUACACUUGAGUACAUUUACCACAGAAAUUAAGUAGAGGUUUUUUUGCAUGAUAAAAAUAUAACUGCAAAGCAACUGUUUACCCCAUUAUUUUUCAGAAGAUUAAAUCUAUCUGAUCCAAUAUUACAUUAUCUUAAAGAGAGAAGUCAGAAGUCAAUUUUACUGUCCUCCAAAAUGUUACAUUUGCCUAUUUAUUGUAUUUUUAAUGUAACAGCCAAUUAUUCAUAACACUUCUCAAUUACAGUGUUAAAUUUAAGUAGUUAUAAUAGCCUUUUUCUUAAAUAAAUAUUAAAAUUUGGUAAUGUACUAUUUCUGAAAAAAAUCAGUGAAAGCAUCCAUAAUGUCUGCUGUUGUGUUGUUUUAGUAACCAAAUCAUUCAUUGCAGCUGGUGAGUAGCAGAGCAGAUGUUGUGCUAUUUAAAAGCCAUGGAACUGAUUCACACUUAGUAUAGUCAUUGAUUUGAGGAGAGCAGCAGCAAUAAAAAGUUAGUAGAUGAGAUUGACAUUGUGACUAUGACCUCUGGCUCUUUAACAGUUGUAAAACUUGUUACUUUGCAGUAAAAUAAGAAUUGGUUAGAAAACCAUCCCUUUCCCCCUAUUCUCCUGUCAUCUUAAAUGACACUUUAUACCUGUUCGUGCUGUACCUCCAGUCCUUUCCUGGAUACUGUGACCACUUUACUGAAGAAAAAAAAUUUUAAGGCAAUUCAUUUUCCUUAAACUAGAAUUUCAAAACAUAAUAUUAUACUAUAUCCCAGCAUCACUGAAUUUUUGAACACAGAGACUUAUUGAGCAUACCCUGUGUUUAAAGAAAAAGAAUUGAUGUGUGAAUGGAAUCAAUCACCUAUUGAAGGGAGGGGUAUCAGAAUGAUGUAGGGGGACAUACCCUUAAUUGGGUAAAGAUAAAUGUAUUAAAUUAAGUAUACCUAGUUUGCUGGUGCCAUAAAAAUAUUUCCUUUGGAAUUCUGUAGAUAUGAAAUAUUUUCUUAAGCUAAAAAUUGGUAUUUUUUCAUUUACUAGUUUGGUGUAAUACUGACUUUUGAGAAUUCCAUUUCUGCAUAACAUUGUUACUUAAUCACUGAUUAAAGCACCAUUUCUUAAUUUUAAAAUGCUUUUGUUAAUUUCUUUUGUGUUUUUAAGUUAUUUUUUAAAUUAAUUAUCAACUAUUCUGAGCAGUAUGAUUUUUUAAAACAUUUGAACAGGACUUUCAGAUUUUUUUUUUAAAGCAGUUGGAGGUAUAUUAAUUCUGCACUCUAGAUUCAUUUAACCAUAAAGCCUGAAUUUGGUCAUAGAAAAAAACUAUACAUUGGGAAUAUUUUCCUAUUUUUGGUGGAUGAUUCCAGUCUGUAUCCCAAGACAAUCAUCUUUUUAGGUGUAGUAUUGUCUGUUGAGACAUUGGUAAUUUCAGGUUCAGAAUUUUUUUUUGGUUUUCUGAUAGGCUUUAUGGAAUGAAAGUUAAUACACUGAGUGUUUAUAUCACUUUUCAGAAUGAGAUAGGGAAUUAUAGCUAGCCUUCCUAUAGGUCUGCAGUAAACAAUACUUAAAGUUUUAUAUUAUAUCACUAAUAUUCUUUUAUCUUUUGAAACUGUUGUGAAUCUCCACUUGUCCAUGAUUGAAAAUUAAGACUUGUAAACAUUACAGAUUGACCCAUAGGUUUUCUCAAAACAACGAAUCAGUAAGAUCGACCAUUGUAAAAUGUGAAAUGAUCAUUUAUGAUCAUUGCAAAGUAAAGAUUUCCAAACUAUAUAGGAAUAACCAACCAUUCUAUUUAAAAAAAAUCUUAUUCCUACCCUCCUUUACAUGUUACUGACUUUUUUCCAGCUUACGUGUUGUAGUGCACUAAAAGUCUGCAGGAAAAAUGUUUUAGGGCAAUAAGAAUUUUUAUUACUAUUUCUUGCAGAAUGAGUUUUUUUAAACUUGUUUAUUUUUUAUUAAAAAUUACUUAAUGGAUUGGUAAAAUAUUUUAGGACUUUGUGUUUGUGCUUUUUGUAGUUCUUUGGUUACAUUCCUCUUGUCACAUGGAUCAUAUGGCUAGUUCUCCAGCUGUUUUUUGUUUGUUGUUUUUUCAUAAACCUUACCAUUCAACAAUCAGAAAGACAUUUUUUGGAGGCUUCAUCUAGUCGAGGUAGAAAGGUCUUAGGUAUUAGAAAAGGCAGGCACAAUGUCCUAACAUUUUCAUAGUAGAGCUUACAAGUGAAGGAAUUUAUCCAAAUAGGUUAUCUUCAUUUUGUAGCACCAGUAGAAAUAGUGGUUUCAUUAAUCAUUGAAUCUGAUGAAGCAGUUUUAAAUUAUUUCUUACUUUGCUCUAAAGAAUUUUGUCAUUUCAGGCCACAUUAUUAUUUUCCCUGAGAAGUUACCAUUGUAAGAUUGAAUACCUUUUUCUUUAUUCAAAUCAUCACUAAAGGUUAAGAUAAUCAAAUAGGAGUUUAAAUAAGUUAUAUUUGAUCUUUUUUCCCUGAAAAUAAUGGUGAAUCUAUUUGUCUAUAUUAUGAAUAUUAGGCAGAAAUGCACUUGUUUCAAUCAUAGCAUAAAUUAAAUUUGGAGAAUAUAAUUACUUGAUUUUCUAGUGGUGUGAAAUACUUUUUAAAAAUUGUGCUUGUCUGUAACUGAACUGUUAUAGAAUUGUAACACUAUAGGGAUUAUAGAGUUAUAUUUAUUAGCUCUCUUCGAGAGAUUGAAGCACAAUAACUUUCAUGUAACAGUUCUUAUCCAAGUGCUGCUAAUCUGUUGUGCAAAUAAUUAAGCUAUUUGGUUGCCUAUCUAGCUAUUCACAAAUCACUGUAAUCCUUGAGACGUAAUCUUAUUGUUCAUUUGUAUUAAAUUUUGGGUAUUGUGGGUUAAUACUUUAGAACAAAAUCCAUCAACUCAGCUCUGAGACAAACCAUUUGGAUUCAUUAGUUUUAUGUGUUCUUAGUAGAAUAAAUUUUGAAGGGGCUAUUUAAUACCAAUGACUAAGGGGGAAAUUAUAUUGUCAAUAUCACUUGAACAAUUGUGGUAUUGUAAAAGUCUUAUCUGUUGUGUUCCUAAAUUGCUUAAGCCAUACAUAUUCUUAAGGAUGUUUUCCUAUUGUGUUCCUUUUUCUGCUUUGUCUGUUAUGGUUAAUACUUAAUAGAUUUUAGAAAUUGAGAAGUUAUUGAAAUACUUUAUUUUCUUGAUCAUCACUUUUGACUCUUGUGUGGCGUGUGAUUUGUCAUAAAGGAUAGUAAGCCUUUCACUACUUCACUAAAUGAACUUCAGCGUAAACACUGUGAUUCUGCAGAGCAGAUUCAGUAGGCCCUUGUCUUUCCAAUGUUCUCUUCUGUUUUAUGGCACCUACCACCUUGAGGACGCUUAAAUACUAGAGGAUGGAAAGUUAAACGUUGUUUUGAUGUUUAUUGAAUAACAAGAUUACAGAAUAUUUGAUUUUUGUUGUCAGCGUAUUGAAGACAUUUUUGCAUUAAUGUUCUCUAGGAAUGUGACUACAUUCAUCAGGUGUGAACUCUUGUAAAUGAAUUUUGUAUCUUGAAUUCACGUAUAUACUAAGUGUAUCAUCAAUAUAAAAAUAAACAUUAUUUGCUUACAGUU